AUGGGUUUACUAGGAAGGAGACAUACACACCAUCAAGUAUCGACGCUUAAGAAGAACCAGAACAAUGAUGCGCUCGCUAACCCUCCUUCUCAAUCAUCUUUGAUCGCUGCCCAGGCUGCUGCUUCAUUAUUUCAAAACUCAAACAAUUCUGCUGUUGGUCAACAAACAACACCUGCUGCUAAAAAUGCAAGUGCUGGCUUGAGAAGAACUACCUCAGUUAAUGGUGUGCCUACUGCUACAAGACCAAAAGUUGUUGUUCACCCUAACGUGAAGAAAAGUCCAUUACCACCAAAACUUGUGAACAAUAAUACUAAUCAAAAUCAUAAUGCUCAAGCUAAUAUUGAAAAUUUAUCAUUGAAUGAAGAACCCCCAAAAUUAACAAGAGCUAGAAGUCGAUCACCAGCGCCUACAUCAAGAAGAACCACACCACCAAAUCAUACUGUUCCUUCGGCAACUUCCAUUCAGGCAAUUGCAAGUGCUGCUGCUAAAUCUGCUGCUAAUUCAACCGCUGAUUUACUAUCGCCACCAAAUCCAUCUCAUACCAAUAAAGUCUAUCCUUCAAGUCCUUCCAUCUCAUUGGGUUCUUCAAACUCUCUAGAUUCUGCACCUUUUUCAUUGAAACCACCAAAUUUCCAAGGUACUAUUAAUAGAUCAACUUCAGAUGUGGCUAGUAUUUCAGAAGCUCAAUUACACCCGCCAAAGUUUUAUUUUGAUUCUGAUCAGAAUGGUUCGGAUUACUUUGAUGGAUAUGAUAGAUCCUCCAUAAGAUCAAGUUCAGCUGGUUCUGAUUAUUUAUCAACACCUAAAUACCAAAGAGGUUCAGGUGGUUCUUCUUCACAUUUAGCUUUGGAUACAAUUCCAUCAAGGAUUGAUGAGCAUGAAAAUGAAUAUUAUGAAUCCGAUCCUAAUGAUUAUGAUUAUGAUCACGAGGGUGAUUAUUCGGACUCUGACUUACCACAGUCUCAAAUUGAGUUUAAUAUUGAUAGAUCUUUAGAUCCAUUGACACCAACAAGUAAAUAUGAUUUGUCUCAACUGCAACAGUCAACUAGACCAUCUUUACCAAUGAGGAAACCACCACCAUCAGAUAUUCCACCUUUACAACCAGCUCAAAAUAUGCAUCUUGGUAGCAGUUCUUCAUUAUUACCAAACCCUGCACCUCCAAUGAGUAGAAGAAAUACAUCACCAAAAAGAAAACCACCUCCAGGCUCUCCUUAUUUGAACCAAUACGACACUGAUAGUGUUUUAAAUAGUGGGCUUGACGGUGAGGAAGAUGACGAUGAUGAUGAUCCAUUACCACAAUAUCCAUUAUCAGUUGAGGCUCAAGAAUUGAGAAGAAGACAUCGUCAUCAUCAUGGAUUUCGUAAAAAUGCCAAAAAUAUUUUCAAAAAAGGUAUGAAAGUUACAGCUGCUGCGAAUCCUACAUCAUAUCUUUCAAAUGAUAAUGAAGAGCCAAAAAUUGGACAUUUCAGAACAACAAUGAGAAAAGAGAAGAAAAAAUCAGUGUUCAAUGAGGAUAAACCAUGGAAACAUCAUAAUGAUAGAGAAUACAUCACAGAACAAGAAAGAAAAAGAUAUGAUGGUGUUUGGGUUGCCAAUAAAGGUUUAUAUAUGAAUUUAGUUGAUCCCGCAACGUUGAAACAAGGUGCUGAAGAACAAGAAUCAGAAAAUGUCGCAUUGAAAGCAUCAAUGCUGUCCACAAAGACUGAACAAUCACCAAUGCAGGAAACGAGCUUGAUGUUGAAUUUGGUUGUUAGAGAUCUUUGGUCAAGAAGUAGACUACCACCAGAUCUACUAAGACAGGUAUGGGAACUGGUUGAUACUAGGAAAGAUGGUACGAUUGAGAGGAAAUCAUUCAUUAUUGGGAUGUGGUUAGUUGAUCAAUGUCUUUAUGGGAGAAAAUUACCAAAGCAGUUAGAUAAUUCAGUUUGGAAUAGUGUUAGUCAACUGGGGGUUAAUGUUGUUAUAAAGCCAAAGAAGAGAAAGUGA